AUGGGGUUUGAGUGUUGUCUUGUGCAAGUGGUGGGUGAUGUGGCAAAAAGAGAAGACCUGGAAUCUUACGUGAACAAGGGACUCCAUAAGUUUGGACGCUUGGAUGUUUUGAUGGCGCCCUUUCUGGCAUAUUCUAUCAGCAAAGCUGCUUUGGAUCACAUGAUCCGCAAUGUUGCCAUGGAUGUGGCCAAAGAUGGCGUCCGGGCCAAUUGUGUUAGUCCUGGCAUGAUUUACACGGAAAUUUUCAAAAGGGUUGGGACACUACCAGCUGCCAAAGUUUCUUAUGAAACGGUAACAAAAUUGGCUGCGACUACUCAUCCUAUGGGAAGAUGUGGAAAUGUGCAUGAAGCUGCAAAAGCCAUUGCAUUCUUGGCUUCCGAAGACGCAUCCUUCAUCACUGGUGAAACCCUGAGAGUAGAUGGCGGAGCAGCUGUGUACCAGUCAAAGAUAGUCCAUCACGAUGAAAAUGAAUUAGUUUGAACUUUCUGAAGUCAAAACAUCAUAGAUUAUAUAGAGUGCCUCGUGCAUAAUUCUUCUUUUGUAAUGGAAAUGAGAAACAGAACUGGACUCCAAGGUAUUCUAGUUUUGAGAACUGGAAUUCGCCCAGUGUUUCGUUGCUGUUGAGACUUUCUCUAAUCAUUCCUUAGAAAUUUUCAGAGAAGAACAUCGGAUGAACAGCUCUCUUCAUAAGCAGUUGAUGUCCUCUUGAAACUGUACCAAGCUAUCAAUCACAUGAUUUCCAGUAUCUCAUCCCAGCUAUUAAAUUUUGAAAAUAAGUACAAUACUCUUAUGCCUGAUCGGAUCUAUGCUGGGCACAUUCUCCUUGAUUUUGAUUUUGUUUCAAGUGUGUUGAUCUAAUGAGUUACUUUAGUUCUGUGUUGC